AUUAAAACCAUUGUUAAAAAUGACAACUAGACUUCCCUUCACCAAAAUCAUUCAUAACCCUACCAAGCCUGAACUUGUUUUAGCUAACGGUCACCACUUUUUAGUUUUAAAUACCAGUACGGGUGAAUUGAUCAAGACUUAUCCUCAAGAUGCCAAGGUCGAUCCCGUAACUGACUAUUACCGUUGCAUGUCCUUUAACAAGGACGGUACUUUGUUAGCCACCUCUGGUGAAAACAAGCAAAUUUGUGUUUGGGAUACUCAAGACUGGACUGUCAAAAACACCAAGCCUGCUCAUAAGCGUAUUAAUGCUGUUCAAUUCACAAGCGAUUCUUCUGAAAUUGUCGCCGCUGAUAAGUUUGGUGAUGUCUACAACCAUUCACUAAAGGACGAUACACCCGUCAGUGAAGAUAAGCAACUUCCUAUUUUAGGUCAUGUCUCUAUGGUCACCGACAUGGUUUUAUCUGAAGAUGACAAGUUUGUCGUCACAUCUGAUCGUGAUGAACAUAUUAGAGUGAGUCGUUAUCCCAAUGGUUAUAAUAUCGAGUGUUUCUGUUUAGGUCAUACCGAUGUUGUCACUUGUGUCAGUUUGUUACCUUGGAACAAGAGCAUUUUAGUCUCUGCUGGUGGAGAUGGUGUGGUUCGUGUUUGGGAUUUCCUUAAGGGAAGCCAAAUUCAAGCCAUUGAUUUAAAGGAACAAAUCGAACCUUAUAAGCCCACUGCCGCCGAUGCUAAUUCCAAGGAUGCCAUCAUCAGCUCAUUAUCAUUCGACAACAAAAACAAAUUAGUGGCAGUUGCAUUUGCCAAAUCACCCGCCGUUCUCAUUUUAGCCUGGAAUGAUGAUAAGUUGAGCUAUAAGCAAACAAUUGUGACUGAAUCACCUAUUCUUGAUAUCGCAUUUGAUAACGAAGGUAAGCUUUGGAUGUCUCAUGAUGGUCAACAACUUGUGUCUGUGUACAAUGAAGCAUUCGAAAAGGUGGAUACCAUUGCUGAAAAGAUCAACAACACAGAGGUCUGUCAAGCUGACAAGAUCUUUGAUCUUUAUACUAUCUUUGGUCUUCGUAAGUUCCUUGAUCUCCCUGAAAAUCUCGUUACUGCUUAUGCAGAUGAAGCCAAAUCCAAAAAGAGAAAGACAAAUGCUUAGACAAAAAAAAAAAAAAAAAGGAAAAGGAAAAGGAAAAAAUAG